UGAUGUAGUAGUGACUCUGAAGUGGCUCCUAAGCUGGAGAUUUGACCAGUACUUGUUAAAGGCAUCUGUUGAGCAGGUUACCUUUGAAAAGGUGAAUAACUGACAGCCUUUAUCCUGACCAGUCAUUGCCUCCAACAUAGCAUCUGAAUGUUUACAACCUUUGUAAACUGUUCACCCAGGGUUUCUAUAGAAAAUGAAAUAUUUCCUUGCCUCCUCAAUAAAGGGAAGCUUAUAUUGGUGUUUCUCUUGAAACAUCACUUUGCAAUGAAUGCUGCUGGGACAGCUGUCUGACAUUGUCAUGCAGUUUCUCUGUGUGUGUGUUAAUACUUGCUGGUUUUCUUGCCAUCCCUCCCACAGUAGUGUUGGGAUGGGAAGAUUUCAUACACUGAGAUGCUGUUACUUUAAUGAACUCCUUGAGGUUUGUUGAACAAAAAGGCAAUGAAAGUGGACUUAAGGAUUCUUUAAGUGCGAGUUUCUUAGUGCAUAAAAAAUACCGUAUGACUUUAAGGGAAGCUUCAGACAGCUGCAGGUUGGCAUGGCUGCUGCUGAUGUCAUAGUCUUAGUUCACUCCCCAAAGGAGUCAUCAGUACCCUGAGUGGGUGGUCGUUGCUGAGGCAGGGAAGUGGUUGCCCUCACCUUCACUCAGGUAUGCUGAUGUCUUCAUUCCCCAUGUGAGAUCCUGUGCCUGGGCUGGGACACCUGAGCUGGGCCUUUGUUCUCCUGUGUUCCUGCAGUUCUCUCCUGUGGUGGGCUCGUGUUUCAUUCAGGACUGAUCCUUUUUCUUUUGAAGGAGGUGGAACAGCUGUGUUCUGACUUAGAGUACAUUAUUGGAUAAAUACCUUUUUUAAGUGAAAUUCAGUAGUGGUUUGGACCUGGCUACUGACGCCUGGUGUACAAAUUAUUUCCUAGCUAAAACAACUGAAUUUGCCUCCUUCAACAGCAAGAGGGCACUUAAGAGUGAAAAGCUGCAGCAUUUACAUGGAUAAGCAGUGGGCAGUUUGCAGGGUACUUGGGUCAAGCAGGGCUUUAUUUUUACAAGCACCAAGGAGUUGUACAUGUGAGAUUCAAAGAAGUGUGAGGUGGAAUACACAUCAUUAUUUUCUAUAGCAUUUGUUUGUUCCUCACCAAAUUGUGUUUGCACACAACUGAAAGAAACAAGUGUAGCCUGUUGGAAGGCCUCUACUGCAAGUACCUUUGCUACAGCUCCUGAGUGAAAACCCCUUUCACUCCUUUCCUCAGCAGUGCAGCAGAAAAUAAUUGCGCAGGAAGAAGCUAUGGGAUCAGAGGAGCCCACCAGCUGCUCCCUUACAGACCAAACCAACUGUGAGUUCCUUAACCUACUGAACAUGCUGGGGGUGAAGAACGGGGAGCUGCUGGUGAUGGAGAUGAAGGACGUCCACAUGACAGCCCCCUCAGUGCUGAUGGAUUUUGCUCAGGACCUGUUCAGUGUAGGUGAUGGGAGGACUGAACUGCAGCAGACGGAGGAAAAAGAGGAGGAGGAAGACGUUCAACCGCACCUGGUUUUUAUGGUUUGGCAAGCCACCACUUUGAAGCAGCUGAUGCAGUGGGAUUAUCUGGAUGAGACCCUCUUUAACAUAAGGAACUUGUUCCCAUGCGUGCCAGCUGCGCUGGUGCUGGUGGUGAUCCAUUCAGGCUCCCAGGAGGAGCUGUCCCGGGCCGUGGAAGCACUCAGGAGGAUGCAGUGUCUGUUGGAUGGCGCUUUCCAGCAGCUCGUGGUGGAGGCAGCGGUCUACAAGGCAGACCAGCCCGAUAGCAUCAUGGAGGUCAAGAGAGCUGCAUGUAGAGCACUAAGAGAAGUCUUUAAUUGCCGAGAAGAUGUCAGCUCACCGAAUCCCAGUUCUGCUUGUCCAGCUCAAAUCAGCGCCCAGCAGUGGGUCGCUGUCCUCAGCCUGAGCUUGUGCCACGUGAGGUAUCACAGAUGAGUUGCAAACGAAUUCCUGGAGACAGCAGGAUUUGCAGAUCUUGUAUCCACCUAAAAUCUUAUCUGUUAUGGAGAGAAUUAUUAAAGCCUUGUCUUUAUUUGA